UAAAAUAAAAUAGCUUGUUUAUAUUGCUAUUUCACACUGUGUUCUUCUUUCUUCUCACUUUCCUCGCUCACUUCGCCUUACACAAUGACUGCUGUAUCGAAUUCAAUUGUGAUAUCUAAAACCUCUGCGCUUUGUCUAUCAUCUGGUUCUUCUUUAAAAUCAGUGGACCACGAUGCAACUAUUAUGGGCCCCAACAACUCGUCCUUCGGUUUGAAAGGCUCGAGGAAAUCAUCUGCCCCGAAAAGGAAACUCACUCUUCAAGCAAGUUACAGUGAUAGGCCAAGCAGUGGAAGCAUCUUUGUUGGUGGAUUUGUUUUGGGGGGAUUAAUCGUUGGCACACUAAGUUGUGUGUAUGCACCACAGAUUAGCAAGGCCUUGGCUGGUGCUACUGCUGACAAAAAGGAUCUCAUGAGGAAAUUGCCCAAAUUCAUCUACGACGAAGAAAAAGCUUUGGAGAGGCAACGCAAGAAACUAGCUGAGAAGAUUGAACAGCUAAACUCAGCCAUAGACAACGUGUCCAAUCAAUUGCAAUCUGACGAACCUCCAAAUGGAGCGGCUGUGAACGUAGAUGAUAUGGAAGCUCUCAUAUAAGACCAUUGAGUUGUUUUCUUUGGAACUCGGCUUGUCUUCUUGUACUAUGCUUAAUUCAGAUAACAGUUGAGGCUGAAAUUUUAGGAUUUUCAUCUUUGCUUUUGUAGUCGAGUUGUUGGUUUUUAUCAGUUGAUGUGGAUCUGCAUAAUGAUAAUUCAACUUCUUGUUAUUCAUUUCUUCGUUUCUAUGAAACAUAGAAUUGAACGCAUUAAUAAUGUUUGAAGGUGGUUGUUCUAUUCAAUGUUGAUUUGUUUCAGUUCAUGGUUU